AAUGAUAUAUUAUUGCUGCACCACUUAAUAAUUAUCUACCAUCCAUAAUUUCCGUAAACCUGUUUAUUUUGCGAAAUUGACCUAUAAAUAGUGAGUAAAAGGUAAAGUCACUGAUGUGUAGAAUUACUCAGAAAAGGUAAAACAGAGACACCUGUUGACCGAGGAAACCCGCUCAAGCAAGAAGAGAAAGUUCGCUUUCUAACACAAGUUCAAAAUAUUUCAGUUCGAGAUAGAAUACAUUUCAAAGCAUAUUAACCUGCACGAACAAUUGAAAAAAUAGAAGAAGAGAACAUCCAAAAUAAAUUCAGAGAUGAAAGUUUAGAUUUGUUGCACAAGAUGAGUAACCAAAGUUAUUAAAUGGUGAUCUGUAAUGAUAAUAUAGAUCGAAUUGUUAUGUUUUCUGGGGCCAAGAUGCGUCUAUUCAAAUGGAAAGGGAAAAAAGCAACACAUUGGAAUGCAGAGGUCACGCAACCUUCAAUAGAAAGGAGCAAAAUUGUUGCGGAAACUAAGCAAUCCAUGGAAUAUCUCGAAAACUUACACGAUGAGUACAAGAAAAUUUUAAACCAACUCUUAGAACAAUUGCCAACUUUAAGUGAGAAUGGUGAUGAUAAAAAUUCAUUAAUUCAACAAAAAGUUGAUGUUUUAAAGAAGAAUUUAGUUGCAAUUGAGCGAGGACUAGCUGAUUCACAGAUAUUCUUAAUGCUGAAUAACAUUGUAGAAAAUAUAGAAACUGAAGUAAAUGAAGCAGAAUUAGAAAUCAAAUCUAUGAAGGAUAAUAUUAAAUCUCUAAAAUCAGAAAAUAAUUCUUUACGUCAGGAUUUAUCACUUGCUCAGCGAAAACUUGUAGAAAGCGAAGAACAAUCCAUUACUUUAGAAGUGGAAAUAGAACAAUUGAACUUUAUGAACUCUUUGUUAACAGAAGAGCCAAUCAUAGAUGACACAUCAGACGGAGCUGAAUCUUUAGAUUUAAGUUUUAUUGAUGAAAAAGAAAUGGAAGAAACUAGUUGUUCUUUUCCAAAUUUGCCUUGUUUGUCAGAAAUAGAUCUCUCCAGCAAUCCAAGACUAAAAAUAUUUUUUAAUCUUGUAAUGGGUUACAUUACGAAAGGCUCAUACGAAAUUGCAGCUCCGUUGUGCAAAACAACACUUCAAGAUUUGCAAGAAAAAUGCGGUCCAGCGCAUCCAGAUGUUAUUUCAAUGAUGGACAUUAUUACUUUAGUUUACAGAGGAAUGUCAAGGUACAAAGAUGCAGCAAAAAUGCAACGUGACGUUUUGGAUAUUAAAACUAAGCAUUUUGAAGACAAUAAAUUAAGCAUUGCUUCAACAUUGAAUAACUUAAGUGCUCUUUAUGGGAAAAUUGGAAAAACAGAAGAUGCUAAAAAGUUUUGCAAAACUGCUGUGAAAUAUCGCAAAAUUGUUUUAGGCAAAAAUCAUCCAGAUGUUGGAAAGCAGUUAUGUAACUUGGCAGCUAUUUGUCGACACAGAAAUGAACAAGACGAUGCAAUAAAUUGUUACAAGGAGGCUUUAAAUAUCUUUUCUAAUACUAUUGGUCCUGAAAAUAGUCAUGCAAUUAAAGCCAGAGAUAACCUAGCAUCUUUAUGCGUAGAAACAAAAAGAUAUAAAGAAGCAGAAAAUAUAUACAAAGAAAUACUGAAAUAUGAUCCAAAAGAAGUUGUAAAAUCAGAGGAAGAAGUUCAAAACAAAUCUCUACCAACGUAAGACAUAAAAAGGAACAAAGCAACAGGUCAUGUGUAAAGGAGCCAAAGAACAAGUUCCAAUUUAGUCAAUUAUUCAUGAAUUUUUAAAUUAUAUUUUGUGAUUAGAAUUCAUUAUUCCUCAUUGUAAUAAUUUACUUCUUAUAUUAUUUUCAUAAAAUGUCUCAUCUCCAAAAAUAUUAAAAAGCCAAAAUUUUUACUUGUUUUGUCUAAACUUUCAAUUUAUUCUUAUAAUUUAUAUUGAAAAAAAAAUUAAUUAGAACAUACACCUUACUAAAAUAUACACACCGACAA